CUGUCAUUUCGGGUUUUGGACACAGUGUUUUGUCAAAACACAUUUUCUCGCUAGUCGAUCGGUAUUCGUCGUGGUUUGGCAAAUUUCACUUCCGUGACAGCUAGUGAUUGCCACUGUCGCUAGGAUUCGUUUUCGGGGUGCACGCGCAAAGUCAUCCGUGUUAGCGGUUGCGGAUUUCGUGGUUUCGUCGGCUCGGGCGUGUGUUAAAAGUGUUUACCGGUGUCUGGAGAAGGGAAAAAAUCAACAGGAGUUCUUGCUUCCCUCGAAGUAAUUGCGAACGUUUCCCAGCUAGCGCUUUCAAGCUGAGUCCUUUCGGCAGCAACAACCAUUUCGAUCACUAUCGGGGGCAGUUCGCUCGGAACAAACCGACCAACAAGCGAUGGGUAAGGCGAAGAAAGGCAAGAAGGAUUCCGCCGUCGCGGCCACCGCUGGGGAUGAUAACUCCGACGUCGAGGUGAAGCAAACCGAGCUGACCGAGACGGAGGUUGAGAAUCGGAAGAAUGAUAAGAAGAAGAAAGAGAAAAAGCCCAAAAAAAUCGAAAGUGAUGGUGAAGCUGAUGUGGUGGAGGAAGUAAUUGAGGGUGUUAAGAAAAUUUCGGUUGCCAACAAGCAGCAGCAGGACAAGAAAAAAUCCAAGCAGGCGGCUAAAGUUGACGGGGAAAAUGACGGUAUCGAGGAUGACGAUGACGGCGAAAAGAAGAAGAAAAAGAAGAACAAGCCGAGUGCCGCUGGACCGGUGGGAUUCUCGCUGUUGGCCGAAGAUGACGAUGAUGACGCUGAGGUGCAGGAUACCAUGCGUGAUGAUGAUGAAGAGGACACGGCAAAGAAAGGAAAGACCAAGGCUGGCAAGAAGCAGCAGGUCAAGGACGACGACGAUGAGGCUCCCCAGAAGGGUAAAAAGAGUAAGAAGGCAAAAAAGAAGAAGGGUGGAGACAGCGAUGAUGAGGAUAUCGAAAAAAUGCUCGCUGAGCUUGAAAUGGAGUAUUCGGGAGUGAAGCCUGCGGCUGCGCCUGUGGAAGAGGCGAGUGUAGUUACGGCUGAACCAAAGGAGCCGGAACAAAAGAAGAAGAAAGAUAAAAAAGACAAGAGGAAGAAGGAAGAGUCUCCGGAAGAGGAACCAAACGAGAAGGUUGAUGAUGGCGAAGUUCAUAUUAAAACAGCGGCGGAAAAACGCAAGGAAAAAAAGGAAAGACAGAAGAAAGAAGCUCAGGCAGCUAAGCAACAGGAUCGCGAUGCUGAGACCACUCAGGAAAUUGUAUCGAAGGAAUCUACUCCUGCUCCAGAGGCGCAAGAGCCAGCAGCCCCCGCAGGCGAGGGGAAGAAAAAGAAAAAGAAGGGUAAGAAGGAUGGUGAAGGUGAGAAAUCGGCAGAGGCCGCUGCAGCAGAAACAAAAACUGCGGAGGCACCUGCCAAACCUAAGGAAGGUGGUCAAGCCGAAGAUGCCACGGCUAAGGAGGGAGAUAAGAAGAAAAAAGGACCCAAUAAGGCCGCCAUCGCUCUGAUGCAAGAACGAUUGAAAGCCAUUCGUGAAGAAGAGGAACGACUUAAGCGUGAGGAAGAGGAAAAGAUAAGAUUGGCCGAAGAAGCGGAACGAUAUCAUCAGGAGCAGCUUCGGUUAGAACAGGAAAAGAAGGAACGCAAAAAGCAGAAGGAGAAAGAGCGCAAGGAGCGGCUGAAGGCGGAAGGAAAGCUACUGACCGCUAAGCAGAAACAGGAUCGCAUGAGAGCCCAAGCUAUGUUGGAAGCUUUGAAGGCACAAGGCGUGGAAAUUCCGGAAGCAGGCACUGAGAAGAAGGUUCGGCUUGGAACACGAAUCCGCCCAAAGAAGAAGGAUGAUGGUGCAAAGGAUGGUGCGGACGUUAAGGAUGAGAAUGAGACAGCGGAGGAUCAGAAAACCGAUGCCCAAAAGGCGGAAGAGCAGGCAAAGGUGGAUGAAGUGAAGGAUUCGUGGGAUGCUUCCGAUAGCGAAGAAGAGAAGGAACCGGAGACGAAGUCGCAUGAAGGAACCGAUUCAAAAUCGAAACAAGAAGUGGAAGAAUCUGACGAGGAAGAGGACAGUGAAUCCGAAGAUGAUGAAUCGGAUGAGGACGAGUCGGAUGAUGAUAGCGAAUCUGAGGAAGAUUCCCGUCCGGAGGCUGAGAAGAUGCGACAACGUGCCAUGGACAGAAUUGCUAAGCGAACCCAGGACGCUGUUAAGAAGCUGUCCACAGACAAUCUGAGGGCUGCCGUUGUUUGCGUUUUGGGUCACGUAGAUACUGGUAAAACUAAGAUCCUCGAUAAGCUCCGACGAACGAAUGUACAAGACGGUGAAGCCGGAGGAAUCACCCAGCAAAUCGGUGCCACCAACGUCCCGAUUGAGAACAUCAAAGAGCAAACGAAAUUUGUGAAAGGAUUCGGGGACACCAACUUCAAACUUCCAGGCCUCCUGAUCAUUGACACACCCGGUCACGAGUCCUUCAGCAAUUUACGUAAUCGCGGUUCGUCGCUCUGUGAUAUCGCCAUUCUAGUCGUUGACAUUAUGCACGGUCUCGAGCCGCAAACCAUCGAAUCGAUUAACCUUCUCAAGUCGAAACGGACGCCGUUUGUGGUUGCGCUGAACAAAAUCGAUCGUCUGUACGAUUGGAGCACUAUGAAUCGCAAGGAUAUCCGCGAUAUUAUCAAGAGCCAGGCUUCCAACACUAACCUGGAGUUCCAGCAGCGCACGAAAGACGUUAUCGUGCAGUUCGCCGAGCAGGGUCUCAACGCUGCGCUGUACUACGAGAAUCCGGAUCCAAAAACGUACAUUUCGCUCGUCCCUACCAGUGCCAUCACCGGCGAAGGAAUGGGUAAUCUCCUCUUCUUGAUUGUGCAAUUCUGCCAGAAACAACUUGCCAAGCGGCUAAUGUUCAGCGAGGAUCUGCAGGCGACCGUUCUGGAGGUUAAGGCAAUAUCCGGUCUCGGUACCACCAUUGAUGCGAUCCUGAUAAACGGCAAGCUUCGUGAGGGUGAUACGAUGAUUCUGGCCGGUACAGAAGGUCCUAUCGUGACUCAAAUCAAGGCACUUUUGAUGCCGCAGCCAAUGAAAGAACUGCGCGUUAAGAAUGCCUAUGUUGAGCAUAAGGAAGUUGUCGCAGCUCAGGGUGUGAAGAUUGCAGCCAAGGAGCUCGAGAAGGCGAUCGCUGGACUAAAUCUGCAGAUCGCACAGAAGCCUGAUGAGGUGGAAAUUUUUAAGGAUAUUGUCGCGCGUGAUUUGAGAUCGGUGCUGAGUAGCAUUAAGCUCAGCGAGCGUGGCGUUUAUGUCCAGGCGUCAACGCUUGGUUCACUGGAGGCGCUGUUGGAGUUCUUGAGGACGUCCAAAAUUCCGUAUUCCGGCAUUCGAAUCGGUCCUGUUGUCAAACGAGAUGUGAUGAAAGCGUCAACUAUGCUGGAACACGAAAAUCAGUACGCUACCAUACUCGCCUUCGAUGUGAAGGUGGAACGUGACGCACAAGAACUCGCCGACAGUUUGGGCGUGAAGAUAUUCCAAGCGGACAUUAUCUACCAUUUGUUCGAUAAAUUCAUGGCCUAUCGGGAAGAGAUUAAGCAGCGUAAGCGCGAGGAAUUUAAAACAAUUGCGGUGUUUCCGUGCAAGCUUAAGAUUCUACCCCAGUUCGUGUUCAAUUCGCGUGAUCCCAUUGUAAUGGGUGUCAUCGUUGAAGCGGGUGUCGUCAAGGUGGGAACCCCGAUUUGUGUGCCAAGCAAAGAGUUUGUCGACCUCGGAGUGGUGACGUCAAUCGAAGCCAAUCACAAACAACUUGAGACUGCCAGAAAAGGACAGGAAGUGUGCAUAAAGAUUGAACCUAUCCCAGGUGAAACACCCAAGAUGUUCGGCCGGCAUUUUGAGGAGACCGAUAUGUUAGUUAGUAAGAUAUCCCGUCAAAGUAUUGACGCCUGCAAGGACCACUUCCGCGAUGAUCUGCUUAAAUCGGACUGGGCUCUUAUGGUGGAACUGAAGAAAACCUUCCAAAUCCUGUAGUUCGGUGGCCUCACAGUUUAUAUCGCCACCAUUCAUUUCCUCUUUUUUUUUCGUUUGUUUCAAUGACACCUACAUCCCGACUGCUACUGGUGGACUGAAACGCGAGGCUUAGAAGCUCCAGAGUCGAAGCAAGUGCAAACUUUCCAAUGUUCUAGCUAGGCCACUGGAAUCAGCAAUGUUCCCCGUAAUGUUUACUUAAUAUGAUGAUGUAUCACUAGUAGGUAUUUAACCAAUUAUUUGACUUCGACUUCGAUCUUGUAAUUAAUUUAGACCUUUGCAAUAUUUGUUUAAAAUGUUUCGUCGUUUGAGCGGCGACGAGAAGCGAUUCUCAACUAAUAGUGUGUGAUUGCUAGCUGUGUCUGCAUGUACAAUGGGAAGUGGCUGUAAAGUUUCAAGCGGCGCGAAGCAUUUUUAGUAAGAUCUUAUAAUAAAAGAAAGCCUGAAGAUGAA